AUGUCCACCAAACCGAAUCCUUCGAACGAGGCAGCUUACGUCACUUGGCUGGAAGAAAAGGUGCAGAUCGAGACUGCGUCUCAGCCGCUUACGUGGAUUUGCUGGCUUUGUCUUGGAAUAUGCAUCGGAGACAUUACGACGCAAGCGCAUCGCGAGCUCAAGAUGCGAGGAGAGUGGAAGCGACCUGCUGUGAUGACCUACUUUGCCAUCCGCUUCUUUUCGCUAAUGGCCUUCAUCAGCGCCGUUGUCUGGUGCACUACGGGCGGUAUGAGCGAUGUACAGGCAUCGGUCUGGUCAAAGCUUUACAUCAUCUUCGAGAGCUUUGCCCACGCUGCCAUUUUCGCCGUCCUGCUGCUUCGCACUCUCACGCUCUACCAAGGACGCUAUCAAGCACGCGUGCGAGAAAUUUGCGUCGUCUCUUGGCUGUGCGUAUCACUUUUCGGUCUGGUCAAUUGCGUCACCUAUCAGUCUUUCCAAAGUCCACACGAAUUGCGCCUUCCAUACUCACUUGCGCCAAAGUAUGGAUUUCUGCGCAUCUGCCCGUACAUCCUGAGCUUUGUGUUCUGCUUAGCCAUGACGGGCCUGACGGUCGUCGCCGUCCGAAGACAGAUGCAAAGGAUGGAAGACGUAUCGAUCUUGAGCGCUGCUCAUCAACGCGCCGUCACGACGCCUAUCAUAACGAGGAUCAUGCAGCACCAACUGAUCUACUUUGUCGUUUUGGCUUCGUCAACGGCCCUGGUCGGAGGUUUGCAGAGCGUCGAUGCUAUACCGAGCUACUAUGGCUUCAUCCCGAAUGCUCUGGUUCUGGUCGUCCAAGCAACAUUGGCAUGCAAUAUGAUACUCGGCAUGCGCUUUCCCACUCGUCGCGCCCCUUGCAUAGACCCGGCAGGGCUGGUGCACAGUCAGAGUAGACGAUCUGAAGUCCCUGGAUCACCCUGGCAAGCACCUCUGAGCCCCGUCAAGCGGGCAUACGGCGCUCAGGGCUAUCGCUAUACGGUGGAGCAGAUCCAACAUAUCUCUCCCAGGUGGGUGCCAGACACCCAAUCGGAAGCGGAUGACGAAUUGAAGCGAAUGGGGACGAGGGAGUAG